ACACAAAACACCAACACCACUCGCUCACUCAUUCUCUGUGCUCUUCAACUAACUGUAAGCGCAUUACCACAAGGUAAGAACCAACAGCCGCAACUGCCUCUUCCAGAAACCACGAGGACCUUCUUCUUCUUCUCUCAAUUAAAUCUCUAGUUCUAGCCUCGUCAUUUUUGAACUCAGUAGUCGCGUGUGUGAGUAAGUUUCGCUGCAAAACAAAUUAAAAAAAUAAUAGAGGUUGUUGCUUUGUUUGGUUUUAAAGCCAUCCGAACUCAAAUCACAUCCUUUCGUUGUUCUCUGCAUCUUCAUCGCUCUGCUCUUCUCGGAACUGGCCGUUGUGUUUGAAGGCAUGCAUUCGUUCUGCUAAAAGAAAUAAAAUGACUACACUUGGAGAUAUUGGGGUUGCAGCUGCCAUAAACAUUGGCAGUGCAUUUCUUUUCUUUUUGGCUUUUGCUAUUUUGAGGCUUCAACCUUUCAAUGACCGUGUAUACUUCCCAAAAUGGUAUCUGAAGGGUUUGAGAACAGACCCUGUACAUGGAGGGGUAUUUGUGCGCAAGUUUGUCAACCUUGAUUGGAGAGCAUAUCUUGGAUUUUUGAAUUGGAUGCCAGAAGCACUUAGAAUGCCAGAACCUGAGCUUAUUGACCAUGCUGGAUUGGACUCCGUUGUUUACUUGCGAAUAUACCUGUUAGGGCUUAAGAUAUUUGUUCCCAUAGCAUUCCUAGCUUGGAUUGUUCUGGUUCCUGUCAAUUGGACAAGUACUGGUCUAGAAGGAGCUAAGAACAUAACUUCCAGUAACAUUGAUAAACUCUCUGUUUCAAAUGUCCACAGUCGAUCCGAAAGGUUUUGGGGACACAUAGUAAUGGCUUAUGCAUUUACCUUUUGGGUCUGCUAUAUAUUGCUAAAGGAAUAUGAGAAAGUUGCAUCAAUGAGGCUGGAAUUCCUCGCAACAGAGAAACGUCGUCCUGAUCAAUUCACAGUUCUUGUUAGAAAUAUUCCACCAGAUCCUGAUGAAUCUGUAAGUGAGCUUGUCGAGCACUUUUUUAUGGUGAAUCAUCCGGGUCACUAUCUUACACACCAGGUUAUAUAUGAUGCAAACACACUUGCAAAGUUGGUCAAGAAGAAGAAGAAACUGCAGAACUGGCUUGUCUAUUAUCGAAAUAAACUUGAAAGAACUUCUGAAAGACCCGAAAUGAAGACUGGUUUCCUUGGUCUUUGGGGGAAGAAAGUGGAUGCCAUUGAUUAUCAUACCACUGAAAUUGACAAGUUGUCAGAAGAAAUAGCUUCAGAGAGGAAAAAAGUCACAGAUGAUCCAAAAUCUGUCAUGCCUGCGGCAUUUGUUUCAUUUAAAACACGAUGGGGUGCCGCUGUAUGUGCUCAAACUCAACAAACUAGAAACCCAACACUCUGGUUGACUGAAUGGGCUCCAGAGCCACGAGAUGUAUAUUGGCGAAACCUGCCAAUUCCAUACUUUUCCCUCUCUGUCAGGAGGUUAAUCAUGGCUGUUGCUUUCUUCUUCCUCACUUUCUUUUUCAUGAUCCCAAUAGCAUUUGUUCAAGCACUUGCAAGUAUUGAGGGAAUCGAAAGGAUUGCACCAUGGUUGAAGCCACUUGUUUCUGUCCCUUUCAUUAAGUCAUUCAUUCAAGGUUUUCUACCUGGGAUCGUGUUGAAGCUUUUCUUAAUCUUUCUUCCCACAAUACUGAUGAUCAUGUCCAAAUUUGAAGGCUUUGGAUCUAUAUCAUCUCUUGAAAGGAGAUCAGCUUCUAGAUAUUAUCUGUUCAAUUUUGUGAAUAUAUUUCUUGGGAACGUACUCACUGGAUCCGCAUUUCAACAGCUGAAGUCUUUCGUUCACCAACCAGCCAAUCAAUAUCCUAUAACAAUUGGCACUGCGAUUCCUUUAAAAGCAACUUUCUUUAUAACUUAUAUCAUGGUUGAUGGAUGGGCUAGUAUAGCUGCAGAGGUUUUGAUGUUGAAGCCACUUAUUUUUUAUCACUUGAAGAACUUCUUCUUGGUUAAAACCGAGAAGGACAGGGAAGAGGCCAUGGAUCCUGGAAGUAUCGGUUUCAACACGGGAGAGCCCCGAAUACAAUUGUACUUUCUGUUGGGGCUAGUAUAUGCUGCAGUUACACCUGCUGUACUUCCCUUCAUAAUCAUUUUCUUUGGACUUGCCUAUGUAGUUUUCCGUCAUCAGAUCAUCAAUGUUUAUAAUCAGGAGUAUGAGAGUGGUGCACAAUUCUGGCCUGAUGUCCAUGGCCGUAUUGUGAUUGCAUUGACAGUGUCACAGAUAGUUCUGAUGGGACUCCUCACAACAAAAAAGGCUGCUUCGUCGACGCCUUUUCUCAUUGUGCUUCCAAUACUGACCAUAUGGUUUUAUCGGUACUGCAAAGGCCGUUUCGAACCUGCAUUUGUUAAGUUUCCAUUACAGGAAGCAAUGAUGAAAGAUACAUUAGAAAAAGCAACAGAACCUCACCUGAACCUGAAAGGCUAUCUACAUAAUGCUUACAUACACCCAGUUUUUAAGGACAGCAUGGACGACGAGGAUGACGAUGACGAUACGUUUAGCAACAACUGGGAAACUGAGAGUAUGACAGUGCGCACAAAGCGGCACUCACAAAGGCACACGCCGUUGCCGAGUAGAAUCAGCGGCACAUCGUCUCCGCCUCAAUCCCCGUUUGCCGGUGAUGGCAUCCAAAAUGAACCCUGAAUCAGUGAAUGGUCCAAGGAAUCAGAAAUGUCAUCACCAAUUGUACAUUAGGCGUUUUGUUGAGUAAGAUGGUAAUCUCUUGUAGAAAAAGUAGGUCGAAAUGUAAUGUAUUUCAGGUUUUGUUGCGUAAAUAGCAAGCAAAUUUGCUUGCUUUGUAGAACAAAACAGCACCGCAAUUGUAGAAGUUGGAAAAACCUAUAUAGUAUCCAAACUUCAGAAUUUCUUGUCAUUAAGUUGUUUAGCACUUUCUUAAUACCUUGUAUUCUUUAGCGAAUGUUAAAUAAUAAAUUAUAUUUGUACUUAUUAAUCAUAGAAA